CUUGCCUCUCAGCAGUGACGGCCACUGCGCGGUUCUUAUGGCUGCAGACUUGACACCCUGACUCGAACGAUCCGAGUUUGUAGUGCCUUUCUGUGUCCUAUGUAUCUCCGCCGACGCCCGUUCCGCACAUAUCGACCGAAACUUGGCGAGUCAAACCCACUGGGCGAAUCGAACCCACAAGACGAGCGAUCGGCGAUGUCCUCUGCCGCGAACUCCCGUUCGGGAUGUACAUUUGGCGGCUUGCAUUGACGGUCUCUCAGCCAAAUCUCGUGCUCGUCCGAAGGAGAGACCACCGGCGGAAGGUGCCAGGAUCGGACUCUCUGCAUGCUUCCACUUCUUUCGCCCUUGGUUAUAGGUAUUGCUUCCUGAUGUGGAGAGGCUGUCGUCCACCUUCGCUCUCACUUCGUGCAGAGACACCCGUCUCGAAGUUCACUUUAGUUCUGGACGAGUCGCUUCUACUUCUCACUCUGAAGCGCCAUUUCUGUGUACUCUCGGAACAACGCAGCGCCCUGGAUCCAAUGUAACGUUUGCUCGAUCAGCCUCGCGGAAUCGGAUACGCAGGGCUGUAAUAAUUCCCGGUUGUCUGCGGGCUUGAGCGACAUUCGGGUGCGAUGGUAUAUAUCAAAUAUUUUACCGGCCUUGCCCAUAACCAUCUGAAUAUGAGCGAGUUUGGAGAUGCAUGUGACUCGCAGGCAUUGCAGCGGAACCGAGCUGAAUCAAGGACGCCUCUCAGUCCUCCGGCCUUAACAAGCUUCGUAUAGUUUGUAGCUUCGGCCUGGAGGGUGUCCGAUUGCUUGCAGGACGAGCCAAUGCCAAACUUGUGAACGCGC